UCCUGAGGGCAGCUGAGGCUGAAUCUCAGCCCACAGCCUCCGCCUGGCCGGGAGCCGAGGCCGGGCACGAGGCCAGAGCCGCCCCGCCCAGGGGCUGGCCCGGCGUUGGACAUUUCAUAACCGCAGAGUGGCCGGGCAGAGCAGGGACGGCCAGCAGCACUCAGAGCGGCGGGGCCCCAGGAUGGAGCCCUUGGAGGACCGGCUGCAGCGGCUGCGGGAGGCCUUCGACGCGGGGCGCACGCGGCCGGCCGAGUUCCGGGCUACGCAGCUCCGGGGCCUGAGCCGCUUCCUGCAGGAGAACAGGCAGCUCCUGCAGGCCGCGCUGGCCCAGGACCUGCACAAGUCGGCCUUCGAGGCGGAGGUGUCCGAGCUGGGCAUCAGCCUGGGCGAGAUCAAGCUGGCCCUCAGGAAGUUGCGGGCCUGGAGCCAAGACGAGCGCGUGCCCAGGAACCUGGCCACUCAGCUGGACUCCGCCUUCAUCCGGAAGGAGCCCUACGGCCUGGUGCUCAUCAUCGCCCCCUGGAACUACCCCGUGAACCUGACGCUGGUGCCCCUGGUGGGGGCCAUCGCCGCAGAGCUGCUUCGCCGUGGUGCUGGGGGGCCCCGAGGAGACCGGGCAGCUGCUGGAACACAGAUUCGACUACAUCCUCUUCACGGGGAGCCCCCGUGUGGGCAAGAUCGUCAUGGCGGCCGCUGCCAAGCACCUGACGCCCGUCACCCUGGAGCUGGGCGGCAAGAACCCCUGCUACGUGGACGACAACUGCGACCCGCAGACCGUGGCCAACCGCGUGGCCUGGUUCCGCUACUUCAACGCCGGCCAGACCUGCGUGGCCCCCGACUACGUGCUGUGCAGCCCCGAGACGCGGGAGCGCCUGCUGCCCGCCCUGCAGCAGGCCAUCACCCGUUUCUACGGCGACGACCCCCAGCGCUCCCCCAACCUGGGCCGCAUCAUCAACCAGAAGCAGUUCCGGCGGCUCCAGGCCCUGCUGGGCUGCGGCCGCGUGGCCAUCGGCGGCCAGAGCGACGAGAGCCAGCGCUACAUCGCGCCCACGGUGCUGGUGGACGUGCAGGAGGCGGAGCCGGUCAUGCAGGAGGAGAUCUUCGGGCCCAUCCUGCCCAUCCUGACGGUGAGCGGCCUGGACGAGGCCGUCGCCUUCAUCAACCGCCGGGAGAAGCCCCUGGCCCUGUACGCCUUCUCCAACAGCAGCCAGGUGGUGAGGCAGGUGCUGGAGCGGACCAGCAGCGGGGGCUUCUGCGGCAACGACGGCUUCAUGCACAUGACCUUGGCCAGCCUGCCCUUCGGAGGAGUGGGCCACAGCGGCAUGGGCAGCUACCACGGCAGGUUCUCCUUCGACACCUUCUCGCACCGCCGCGCCUGCCUGCUGCGCAGCCCGGGCUUGGAGAAGCUCAACGAGCUCCGCUACCCGCCCUACUCGCCGGGCCGCCUGCGCGCGCUGCUGCGGGCCAUGGACGAGCGCAGCUGCGCCUGCGCGCUGCUCUGAGCCCCGCGCCGCGCCGCGCCAGCCACCCGCCCCAGCCUCAGUUUCCCCAUCUGCGCCCGGGCCCCCGAGGUGCCGCACGGCGGUGCCUCCCGGGGCUGUUACUGGGAUUAAAGCGGGGAGCCGUGGCCCCGAGGCCGGCGUCCGUGUGGUCUCUCCUGCCGGGCCGGUGGGGCUGAUGGCGGGGUCUCCCUUGCCCGCGGCCCCCCGAGCUUGUCCCACUCUGGACUCAGCCCCCCACAUCGGGGGGUCCCACCCAUUUGGAGCCCCUGCUAGACUCCAUCCCAUGCACAAGUCGCCACACGCAGGGCCCCAGUGCACCGCCGGUCCUCCAGUCGCCAGGGCCCGUCCUCGACCACAGGACCUUUGCGCACGCCCCAGACAAGCCCCCCUCUGCCUUUCUCCUAGCCCUCCUCCAGGAAGCCCCCCACCCCGACCAGCGCCCCCGACUUCCCGAGGCCUCUCAACCACAGAAUCCACGCGAACACAGACAGGUGGAGAGGCGGGGCGCCUGUGUUACACACACCGGGGCCACACCCCGCAGCUCUAGGGCCUGCGGGGUCACCAGACGCGUCCGUGCCUCAGUUUCCCCGUCUGCAAAUUCAGGCGGGGUUGCCGUGAGGACUAGAUACUCGCAGUCACUACCAGGCGGCGGUUCCCACCGUCGCCGCCACCGUUACCGUUUUAAACGCAGCCGCCCACACCUAGACCACCCGCCCAGUCUGCAGCGCCCCCAACUCCCCAAGCCACAGCCUGCACCACGCCCC